AUGCUUUACAAUCCCAAAGUUUCAACAAGAGUGUCUCGAUAUCCUAACAUGAUAGCAUGGACAGUGUUAUAUAUUUUAACUCUUCUUCCUUUAUAUUUCGCAAAUCCACCACCGCGGAAAAGUCUCAGAGAAGUGUUCAAAUGCAGUCCUCAAUUUAUUUCAAUGGAUCAAGCGCAAGAGGCUGUUAAGCUUGGCUGUAGUCAAAUGCAGGUCGCACUACCUACCAGCCUAUUUCCUGCAUCUUUCAUUGAAUCGGAAUUAUUUGAUCUAACAAAUAUUGUGUUGUUUACGUGGCCUGUAUUUAUAUCAGAUAAUAUCUUACGAGUGGAUUACGGUGUAAAUCGCGUUGUUUUUGAUUCCAGUUGCCGACUUAUCGGUCUUAUUCAAAUCGAUCCUAACGGUCCCAAACCUUGUCCGCAUUUGGUGGAAGCUGGAGAUCUAAACCUAGCUUAUAAGUUAGAAAUUUAUAAUGUACCAUGGAAAAAUCUACCGUUAUAUGGAUUUAAGUAUGAAAAUGAAAUUUAUUUUAAGAAUGAACUCGACGAAUUCGUCAUAUCAAAUCUAAACAAGUUCCAUGAUGAUUCACAUAAAAAUAAUGUCUUAGAGCACUACCCGAGCGAUGUAAACGAGGCAAAUUCUGGCAUUUGGACACGCACCAUUAGGCGCGGUCCCACAGGCAUUGAGAUACCAAAAGGAUUUAUCAAUCGUCGUCUGAUAAUUAAUUCUUUAACUCAAAUAAUCGGUAUAACACGUAAGGCGUGGAAAGACUGGAGACCACUUGCCGAACUUCGCAGUCUUGAUCAUGCAUACAGGAUGAAGGUUUUCUUAGAAAGAGAGCCAGAUAUGAGUUAUGAACCGUUGAAUGACAUAAAUUUCAAAGGGAUCUACUUAUCAGCUGCCAUGAUAAAAAGUAAUCUACACAUGGCUUGCAAAGUUAUCACAGAAAGAAAUAUGGGCACUCACUUGAUUGUAGGAUAUCCAUAUUGGACGGAUCUAGAGACCAUAUCAGAUCACCCGGUACUGAAAUGGCCCUUGAGAAUGCCCGAGACUUUUGUUCACGAUGGAACAAUUAUCUGGCUCGUAUUAGACGCAGAAUGUAAUUUUAUGGGCGUGACUACAUAA